GUUGAGUGUUAUAAAUUCCACCUCCCACAGACCAGAAUUCAUAUUCAUUGGUCAGGGGCAAAUACCAAGGGCUCUGCGUCUUCAGUCACUUUGUGCCACUUCAUCAAGUCGGAGCCAAAGGAAAGUUGAAAGAUGAAAAUGCUAGCAAGAAUUGUCCUGGUGCUCAUCAUCUUUGAUGCUACAUUGACUGCCCCAACUACGGAGCUCUUUAACUAUGACUCAGAAGUCUACGAUGCCAUCUUGGAAGAUGUGGGAACCUUUUAUAACUAUGAACAGAUACCUAUCAACCAAGUAGAGACUGAAAAAGUGACUGAGAGACUUUCUGGGAACAGAGAACUCCUCACCCCAGGCCCACAGCUAGAAGACACCCAGGAUGAAGACAAAGAUGAAGAAUCCACUCCCCGGCUGAUAGAUGGCUCUUCCCCACAGGAGCCAGAAUUCCCAGGGCUUCUGGGUCCACACACCAACGAAGACUUCCCAACCUGCCUUCUGUGUACUUGUAUAAGUACCACUGUAUACUGUGAUGACCAGGAACUUGAUGCUAUUCCUCCACUCCCCAAGAAGACUGCAUAUUUCUAUUCGCGCUUUAACAGAAUUAAAAAGAUCAACAAAAAUGACUUUGCAAACCUAAGUGAUUUAAAAAGGAUUGAUCUGACAUCAAACUUAAUAUCAGAGAUUGAUGAAGAUGCAUUCCGAAAGCUGCCUCAUCUCCAAGAGCUUGUCCUACGUGACAAUAAAAUUAAGCAGCUUCCAGAAUUGCCAACCACUUUGACAUUUAUUGAUAUCAGCAACAAUAGACUGGGAAGGAAAGGGAUUAAGCAAGAAGCGUUUAAAGACAUGUAUGAUCUUCACCAUCUCUAUAUCACGGAUAACAGCUUGGACCACAUUCCUCUGCCACUUCCAGAAAGUCUACAGGCCCUUCACCUCCAGAACAACAACAUUCUGGAAAUGCAUGAGGAUACUUUCUGUAAUGUUAAAAAUUUAACUUAUGUUCGUAAGGCAUUAGAAGAUAUUCGACUGGAUGGAAACCCCAUUAACCUCAGCAAAACUCCUCAAGCAUACAUGUGUCUACCUCGUUUGCCCAUUGGAAGUUUCGUCUAAUGUUAGAAUAUUAGGCAAAUGUCAGAAUUGUGAUGCUUUUUUUAGCCAAGUGACUCAUAGCUGUCUUCAGAAACAAACUCAGUAUAUUUCAGAUGAGUUAAAAAGGUGGUAUAACUAUAUAAAACAAUAAGCUAAGGGUGUUAAGAUAAAAUAAGAGUUUAAUAAUUUAACUAAACAUGAAUUAGUUAUAAAUUUAUAAAUAUGUAGACAGUAAAUGAAAUGACAACAAUAUUUCAGCUACUCUUACAAAUCACAUACAAUUUGAAAUUUUAGUUUAUAUCAAAUUCAAUAUGUAAGAAAGAAAACAUUUGAAAUGAAUACUUUAGAUAUGUUGAUAAGAUGUAUACAUUUUAGUUAAACUUUCUAUUCCUUGUUUUUACUGAUAUAUGUUUCCCACCUAAUUCAUUUAAGAGCACAAAGGAAAUAAUAAAUGUGUUUGAAAACUGCAUGAUUGUGCGAGACAGUAUUUCUUAUAAUCAUAGUGUGCAGUUUACUAAUGUCAUCUAUCAUCUUUAAGACCUAUCAACUCAUUUUAUACCCUU